GAUUAAUUGCAGCCCAAAAUAGUACAGUAGUCCUGACAAUCACUGGUGAAAUGUAACCCAUUUCACAUUCUGUCACCUCAGCAACCUCAAUGUGAAGACAUUGCCUUACACAGUGAGCACGAUGUCAGGACAGUGAAAGCAGAUUUACAGUUGUGACUCUGAUGAUCACGUGUGCAUGUUGUUUUGCUCUGCUAGGACCUGUCUCAAGGGAAACAAAAGACUGCAAGCAACAAACUUUGAUGGUUAUGGAGAAUUAUGGAUAACCUGACAGCAAGUAAGAGCCACCUGCCUUGUCAGUCGUGGGCAGGACAGAAUGGCUGGUCCACUGCCUCAACUCAAGGAGCACUUCUCAACCCACUGCCCAGCUCUCAGCAUCUCAGCCUGGGCUCGUCAUCUGACCAGAGACCCUCCUACGACCACAUGCAAGAGUCCAAUCAGAGCUGUUUGAACGACCUCAGCGCCUUAUCGUCCAGAAACAACACUCAUCACUCUGCUCUGUACAAAGCCUCUCACAUGAGCAGCAAUCAGGUGUCCACCACGCUCUUUGGUGAUACUGCCAUCCCAUCUGCCUCUCACAUUAUAUCCUUUGCCCAGCAAAGCCCUCACACGUCAUCAUUGCUGCUAACUUCAAACCAAGGAAAAAACAUCCCCCCACCAUCUCUACCCCAAACAAACCCUGCUCCACAGCCUUGUAGGCCCCAACAUGUACCGCUUGUCUCGCCCAACAACCCUUACAAGGCAUCAUUUCAACCUCCAUUAACCAAUCAGGGUUUACCAAACGGACUUCAAGAUCUGCCCAUUAGUCUGCCAUCAUGUGGACAACGUGAGCAGCGUCAGUGGAUGCCUUCAUCACACUGCAGGGGUAAGCUUUACUGUAAAUAUACGCUGAUCAUUUUGUUUUGUAUUGGUGGAUGAAAAGCCUGCUCAGUGUGGUUGAACUUCUUGAGUUUGAUUUAUAUUGACUUUCUGUCAAUGGAGUCAGGUGGCUGUGAUGGGGGGCAGCAACAAAACAUAUUUUAGCAUUUUAGUAUUUGACUUUCCAAACUGAACUAAUGUGACGUCCACAUUAGCGUAAGGGUUUGAAUGUAACAACAAAUGUAGAAAACUGUGUCAGGUCACGUGUGAAGGGCUUGGAAAAGGAACAUUUUGGCCCAAUCCCAAUUCCUAUCUUAAUUCUCAAGCUCAACCCUCAAUCUCACUAGCCCUCAAAACCAAGUGUUAAGGGCUAUCUUGUGACUUUAAA